CAGCUUAUUGACAUUUGUGAUUUCAUUUAGUUUUGUUUACAUUCGUGAUUUUCGCCAAGUAAAUUUUAAUUGAAAUUAUCCAUAUUUAAAACAAUGUCCAAUGAUAAACGCACCAUAUAUGUGGGUGCGCUAGCAGAUGAAGUCACCGAAAAACUAUUGAAUGAUGCCUUCAUACCCUUCGGCGACAUUGCUGAUAUACAAAUGCCGGUCGACUAUGAAUCACAAAAGCAUCGCGGAUUUGCAUUUAUCGAAUAUGAAAUGUCCGAAGAUGCUGCUGCUGCAAUAGAUAAUAUGAACGAUUCGGAACUUUGUGGUCGCACGAUACGCGUAAAUCUCGCCAAGCCAGUGCGCAUCAAAGAGGGCAGCUUCAAACCUGUUUGGGCGGAAGAUGAAUGGUUACAGAAACAUGCCGGCGCAACAUUGAAAGGGGAUGAGGCUGAAACAUCUGAAGGUGGUACUGCUGUUGUCGAAGGUAGUGAAGUGUCUAAUAGCAAACCGAGCGGGCCAGCGGUUAUCGAGAAAGCAGAGCAGCGUAACCCACAAGUCUUCUUCGACAUACGGAUCAGCGGUCACGAUGUAGGACGAAUCAUUAUGCUGUUACGCGCUGAUGUAGUGCCAAAGACGGCGGAGAAUUUUCGUGCGCUGUGCACGCAUGAGCAAGGCUUCGGUUAUAAGGGCAGCACUUUUCAUCGCGUCAUACCAGAAUUUAUGUGUCAAGGUGGCGAUUUUACAAACAACAAUGGCACUGGUGGAAAAUCUAUAUAUGGGAAGAAGUUCGCCGACGAAAAUUUCACGUUGAAGCACAAUGGUUUUGGUACUUUAUCAAUGGCAAAUUCAGGAGCCAACACAAACGGCUCACAGUUCUUCAUUUGCACGACUAAAACCGAUUGGCUGGAUAACAAACACGUGGUUUUCGGUCAUGUUAUAAGUGGCGCCGAUGUUGUGCGAAAGAUGGAACGCUGUGGUAGCAAAUCUGGUACGCCAACGCAGAAAAUUGUAAUUUACUCUUGUGGAGAAUUGAAAUAACCAUAAAUAUGAAAUUUUAUUAAAA